UUGGGGAGCAUUUAGUUUGCUGCUUUGCUCUCUUUCGUCUUGCUCGUGCGUUCCUUCUCUUCUCAGCUUUUUCUUCGAAGUUGAUGCGAGCUCUGCUUCACUGGCAGCCUUCAAAAACUGAAGAAAUUCUCUUCUUUGACCUCCUUCCAGUAUUGGUAGAGACUGAUCCAAGUUUGAAGUUUCUCUCGCGAUCUUUCAUGGCGAAAAAUCACGACUUUCCAAUUUCAUUUGCUUAGAUUGUGGCUACAUUCUUCUUUGGGUUGUUUUUAUCGAUCUUAUCAGUUCUUGGAUCUAAAAAUUUGAAAGAUGAUGAUUGAGGCAGAACUGUGUUCAUCUCGUGUUCUAUCUCCUUCUCGAGAAGAAAGUGGAGAUGAAGAGCUCUCUGUGCUUCCAAGACACACGAAAGUAAUUGUAACUGGAAACAAUAGAACUAAGUCUGUUUUGGUUGGCUUGCAAGGUGUUGUCAAGAAGGCCGUAGGCCUCGGUGGUUGGCACUGGCUGGUCCUUAAAAAUGGUGUGGAAGUGAAGCUGCAAAGGAAUGCGCUGAGUGUACUGGAAGCUCCAACGGGCAAUGAAGAGGAUGAUGAUGAAAUGGAUUGUGAUAACUCUUUCUGCAGCAGCUCUGACAUGGGAGAUAAAGAUGGUGAUUAUCCUAGCAUUGAGUUUCACAAGCCAACAAAGCCCAGGGUAAGACACACAAGGCCUUGGACCUCCUCAGCCAAAUCAACCAACCGUAGCAGUUUUAGAGAUUUGCAAGCCAAUAGCCACAAGCCUCACUUGAGGGUAAAUCUGGCAAAGCUGGGGACAGCGACGUUAUGGAGAUACUGGAAACACUUCAAUCUUGUGAGUAUCAAUCCAAAUCCAUCCAAGCAGCAGCUUAUUAGUGGGGUACAGCAUCAUUUCCUCUCACAGCAAGUGGACGAGAUGCAGGUGAUUGUGGGCUUCAUCCACACAGCGAAGAGACUGAAAUCUCCCUACGCUUAAUUCCUUCUCCUUGUGAUGAAAUCAGAGAGAAAGGAAAUUGAAGUGUAAGAGCUUUAUUGUGGCUGCUUAAUUUACUAACCAGGUGGUACUUUGUGCAGUAGGAUUAUGGACUUAUUGUAAUAUAUUUAUUAAUAACAUUUAGGUAGGAGAGAGCAUGAGCAUUUUGAUUUGUGCUCUUUGAAGUUUUUAUUUAUUUAUUUAUUUCUUCCA